AUGGGCAUAUCUGUUGUCGUUCAACACCUUGACGAAGCAGAAAAGAGUAAACUGACUAUCACAUUGGUCACCAUGACCUCUGUCUGCUUUGCUUUCUUUGGCGUGCCUGUCUUGCCUCUUGUGGAUGGUGGUGUCCUUAAAAUCCUAGGCAGAAAUAAGGAUCAAUACGGAAGACAGCGUAUGUGGGGUUCCAUUGCGUUUGGUGUUACUUCUUCUUUGGUCGGACAAUACCUUCCCACCUCUCCUGUUCCUUCUACAUCCACACACCCAAUACCACCAUCACCACCACCACAACAACAACAACAAAAGAAGAAGAAAACCAUCAAGCAAUUUCAAGUUGACCCUUAUGAUGAAGUAGGGAUUGAUUUAGACUCUUCUCAAAUUCGAGAAAAUGAAAUACAACGCUUGAUCCAAUUUGCUACUGAAUCCAGUAUUAUUGAAGCUGUCAAUCUUUCGAAUCCACCAUUACACAGACGUCGUUCUGUUCGACUCAAUACCAAUGAGCCUUCUACACUCAUUGAAUUGCUCAAACAGCCUCAAGUAUCUUUGUUUUUCUUGACAAUGAUGCUGAUGGGUGCUGCUUUAAAUAUGGUGAUUAGUUUUUUGUUUAUCUAUCUCAAACAAGAUUUAGGAGCAAGUUCUUCUCAACUGAUUCGGUUGUUUGGUAUCAAAAGUUUAGUUAUUUUGGGCCAUGUAUUGACGAUUGUUCGUGUGUUUGCAUAUACUGUCUUGCCCAAGAGUCCUACAGGUGCUAGUAUUGCCAUUGGACUUCAUUUAUUAAACGGAGUUGCUUUCUCUGCUUUAUGGGGUGCAGGUGUAGUUCAGGCAGAUGAAUUGGCUCCUCCUUCCUUACAGGCUACAUCUCAAGGUAUAUUAGCUGCCAUGUAU